CGUCCAGCUGGCACAACUUCUGAAGACAGCUCGUAGACACGAAGCAAGAGGUUUCUCUCUUGACUCUUCUGCGUCUUUAAUUUGCUUCUUCUUCUUCUUCAGAUUCUAUUCUACCUUACCAUCUUCGCUCCCUGGUUUUUCAGGAAAUGAGUCAGAAGGGCUUGAUUUACAGCUUUGUUGCCAAAGGAAAUGUUGUGUUGGCUGAACACACCUCGUAUUCAGGCAACUUUAGCACAAUAGCUGUUCAAUGCUUGCAGAAGCUUCCUUCAGACAGCAGCAAGUACACAUAUUCAUGUGAUGGCCGUACGUUUAAUUUCCUCAUCGACAAUGGAUUUGUUUUUCUUGUCGUUUCUGAUGAAUCAGUUGGCAGGGGUAUGCCUUUUGUUUUUCUUGAACGAGUAAAGGAUGACUUUAAACAGUGCUAUGGGGCAAGUAUAAAAAAUGCAGAAACCCACCCACUUGCUGCUGAUGAUGAAGAUGAUGCUUUAAUUGAAGAUCGAUUUAGCAUCGCAUACAAUCUUGAUAGAGAAUUUGGGUGCAUAUGUGCUUCAUUCUUUUAAAUUUGAGCUUAUUCCAUAUAAAAUACUGUUUUAGAUUAGAGUACAUAUCUUCUUUGCUUGAUGCAUGUACAUCCAAACUGCAAAGUGUUUGCAUUUUUUUCUUGAUAGGCCAAGGCUUAAGGAGCAUAUGCAAUAUUGUGCAAGUCAUCCAGAGGAAAUCAGUAAGCUCUCCAAAUUGAAAGCUCAAGUAACUGAGGUUAAGGAGAUCAUGAUGGACAAUAUUGAGAAGGUUUUAGAUCGUGGGGAGAGAAUUGAACUUCUAGUGGAUAAAACUGAAAACUUACAGUUUCAGGCUGAUAGCUUUCAAAGGCAAGGCAGGGAACUACGACGGAAGAUGUGGCUGCAGAGUCUCAAAGUGAAGGUGGUUGUAGGAGGAACUAUUGUUGCCCUCAUACUCAUACUGUGGCUCAGUGCUUGUGGAAGUUUCAGUUUCAAAUGUUGAUUUCUACCCCUAUUUUCUUUGCAUGUAAAGAAAUGGUUAUGUUCUUGUAUAUUGGAGAUUGCCUUAGUAGCGUACAAUUACCUCUUCAACAUUGUAAUCAAACAUCUAAUAUCGUUGGUGACAUAAGAGAGCCAAAGAACUAGGGAGCUCUAGUUGUACUUUGCCGAACCAUAUGAUAUAUAUUUUUAAAUAUAUUAUAUAUAUUUUU